UAAUAAUUCCACUCAUAUUUUAUUGAAAUACGUGUUAUUUGUAAUGGGAGUAAAUUUUUUUGCUGACAGAGAGAGUAUAAAUGAAUAUAAUUAUAGCAUAAUAUCAUAUCAAUUUCAGAUUUGGCAAGCCUCGUAUGGGCCACUCCUGCAAUUAAAAUAUGUUGGAAAGCAGCUGAAAGUUGAAUCUCCAGUCAACCAAAACACUCUUAAAUCUGCCUCGGCGGCUCCAUCAUCACUCAAUAGAUCUUCACUUCACACUUGAACUUGGCAGUAGAGACAGAGAGAGAAGACGCUAGCUAUGAUGCUGCCAUUGAUCAUCGAAAUCGUGAAACAUCACGCAGAAGGAGAGAUCACAAACUUCAUCAAAGUAUGGUCUCUCGUCUUCGCCUCUCUCUCCUACUGCUUCUUCUUAUCGAAGGUCGUCCCCGGCGGCGUCUCUAGAUUCCUCGCCAUAAUCCCCGUCUUAAUCCUCAACCUAAUCCUUCCUCUAAGUCUCCACACCAUGCAUCUCGGCGGCUCCUCCGCCUUCUUCCUUGUUUGGCUCGCCAAUUUCAAGCUCAUCAUGUUGGCCUUCGGGAAAGGCCCCUUAUCGGAUCCAUCCAUUUCCCUACCGAAAUUCGCCGCCUUCGCUUGCCUCCCAAUCAAAUCUCACCAAAUCACGGAUCCGGGUAAGGACCCUGCCAAACGCGGCCUUAAGUCGUUCUGGAAUUAUCUGGCGAAAGCUCUGCUUAUAUGCUUGUUUGUGAAGAUGUAUGAUUACACCGAUCUGGUUCAUCCCAAGCUGACUUGGGUUUUGUAUUCCCUCCACAUUUAUUGCGGGCUGGAAAUAAUCCUCGCCACUUUUGGGGGAUUGGCUAAGGCCUUGAUUGGGAUCGAACUGGAGCCGCAGUUCGACGAGCCCUAUUUGUCCGCGUCCCUGCAGGAAUUCUGGGGCAGAAGAUGGAAUAUUAUGGUUUCCAAAAUCUUGAGGCCCACUGUGUACGAGCCGGUGCUAAAAUGCGCUUCGCGCAUCACGGGGCGAAGGUGGGCCCCCUUGCCGGCGAUGGUGGGAUCGUUUAUGGUGUCGGGGUUGAUGCACGAGCUCAUUUUCUAUUACUUGGGGCGGCGGCUGCCCACGGGCGAGCUCACCGCUUUUUUCAUGCUCCACGGCGUGUGCUUGGCGGCGGAGGUGGCGGCUAAGAAGCUCAUCGGGGGCAGGUGGCGGCCGCCGAGGCUUAUAACGGGGCCUCUAACUAUUGGGUUUGUAAUGGCGACGGCGUUUUGGUUGUUUUUUCCCGAGUUUUUGAGGUGUGAUGCGGUUCAUAAGGCUCUUGCUGAGUAUGCUGCGGUGGAAGCAUUCGUUAAAGAUGUUACCUAUGCUUUCGCUUCCAAAUCUGCCCAUAAUAAUACUCCCUCUGUCCCACUCCAAUAGACUCAUUUUCUUUUUUGGGUAAAAAAAUGUACUUAAUUGGUGUGGAUCACACCACUUUACUACCACUUUUCUACUAAAAAGUAAGUUUUCUUAAUCUCCGUGCCCAAAAAAAAUGUGCCUAUUGAAGUGGGACGGAAUGAGUAAUACCUUUGUUUAGGGAUUAUGUAAUUUUCCACAUUUUUAAACUAAAUUGCCAUCAUUUUUAUUUUUAUUUCACUCAUUUUGAGUUUAAUGAAAUUGUUGUUGACCCACAAAAA